AUGGCCGCCGCCAAGAAUUAUUCCGCCUACGACGACGCCACGAGCCGCCGGCUCCUCUGCGGCGAUCUCUCGGAGGAGACGCGGCUGCCGCGUGAGCUGCUCGAGCGCUUUCACGCGAUGUGGUGCGAGCGCUCGCGCCCCUUCUUUGCCGCCGUCGACGAGACCAGCACCAUGAGCGUCGGUGCUCUCGCCGAGGUCGUGCGAAGCCUCGGCGUGCACUCGGACCUGCUCUGCCGCUCCGUCAGCCGCGUCAUCGCCAGCGGCGCCGAGGCUGUCAGCUUCUCCGCCUUUGUCCGCGGCUACGCGCAGCUGCACUCGCGGACUCUGCGGGAGGCGCUCCCCUUUGCCUUUGCCGUCUUUGACUUGGAUGGCGACGGCCUCCUCUCGCCGGCAGAGUUUCAGACCGCGAACCUCGAGCUCAAGCAGCUCGACCCGGCGGCCGUCCGCCGCGUGCUCGCCGCGCCGCCCUCGUCGGACCAGCAGCUCCGAGGCGGCCUCACGCGCGACCAGUUCCGCUACUUCGCCUCGCUCUCCUCCGAGACGGUCCUCGCCACCUGCGGCUUCCUGCUCCACGUCUCGGCCUUCUACGUCCCCCUCUACCCGCUCGGGCCUGAGGCGGAGGAGGAGGCGGAGCGAGAGGCGGAGGAGGCCGCCGCCGCGCAAAAGGCGGCGGGCGGCGGCGGCGGCGGCGGGGCGGACGGGCCAGACGCGUGCGGCGCGUCGGCGGUCGGCGAGUCGUCGGACGGUGCGAACCCGUUUGAGGACUCCGACAUGCUCGCGGCGCUCGAGUCGCUCAAGACGACGCCGGAGGAGCGGGCCGAGCGGCAGAAGGCAAAGGGGAACGAGGCGAUGCGCUCCCGCGAGCCGCACGCCGCCUCCUUCGCGGUGGAGCGGUACAGCGAAGGUCUCGCCGAGAGGCCGCGCGACGCGAGGCUGCGCGCGACGCUGCUCGCCAACCGCGCGGCGGCGCACACCUCGCUCAGGAACUGGAGGCGCGCGCUCGACGACGCGAAGGAGGCGCUCGCGGUCAAGGCUGCGCGGCGCGGGGCCGCGGCGGCGCUGCGGCUCGGCCUGCUGGCGGAGGCAAAGGCGCUGAGCGAGGAGGGGCUGCGGCUCUGCGGCGGCGGCGGCGAGUCGGAGGCGGCGGAGCUGCGUUCGGUCGCGAGCGAGAUUGCGGCGCGCGAGGCGGCAGAGGAGGCGAAGAGGGUGGCUGCCGCGGCGCGCGCCGCCAUGGAGGAGGAGCUGGCGGCGGCGCUGCGCGCGCGGGGGCUCGCGGUGGGAGAGUUUCUCGACGAGGGGUUGCGGCAGCAGUGCGUCGGCGAGCACGCUGGUGCUCGUCUGUGGUACGACUCUGCCGCGGCAGAGCUGCACUCUCCGGUGCUGCUCCUCUACCCGGAGGCGUCGAUGUCCGACUUCAUCCAGGACGUGGCAGAGGGGGAGCGCCUCGCCGACCACCUCGAGGAGAUGUUCGGCGAAGCCGCCGAGCGCUCCCCGCCGUGGGACACCGAGAGAAAGUACGCCGCGCCGGCGCUGCAGCCCUACCUCGUCCUCGACGCCGACGGCGAGGCUGGCGUCGGCACUUGCCGGCGCCUCGACGCCUCGACGGCUCUGCUGCCGCAGCUCGCCGCCCUGUGCGCCGAGGGCUACACCGUGCCAGGCGUGCCCAUCGUGCACGUCGUCGUGCGGCGCUCCGCUUUCGAGCGAGAAUUUCUCCGCACUGGCGGCGCGGCCUGA